AUGGAACAGCCUAGGACCCAUACGAGUGCUGCCACUGCUGCCUCGACAUCUCCUACUGCUGCAAAGGCUACCACUGUUAAUUCAGAUUCGCCUCCGGGUUCGUCAUCAUCUUCGUCAAGCGGAACCGGCGCCACCCAGACGGUUACGACAUCAAGCAGUUCGAGGAAAUCUGUUCCCUUGCCGUCUUCCGCAAGCAUGACCAAGUUUCACGCUGAAGAUGAAGAUAUAGGCUUGGAGGGCAAGGGUACCAACAGCGUCUCCGAAAUGAGGAGGCCUUCUCGUGCUACGCGUUUGCGACAUCAUGAGGAGGAGGAGGAGGAGGAGGAGGAGGAGACGAUGAUGGAUAUUAAUGAUAAUGAUGAGAACAAUGCGAAUAUCGCAAUGGAGGGGAUGCUACGCAAGGAUUACAUAGAGGCGCCGUCUGCGAUAAGCGUUGCGGGGGGGACAGUUACGCCCCAUGAUAGUCAGUACAUGAAUGCAGAUAAUGAUAACGAUAAUGAACCAACUCUUUUCAAGCAAUUCGACGCCAAGACGGGACAGUUUCUACGAGGAGAAGGGGGGAGUAGAGUGCUUCGAUCACUCAAGUCAACAGAACAGGCGUUCACUAACGCUUUGCGGCAACAGCCAUUUCGUAUCAAUCCAAGUCAAACCUUCGACGCGGCGUCGCUGAAAAUCCUGGUAAAGGGCAAGUUCAGAUCGCACUCAGUUCCAACAAUUUCGCACUCCUCAUUAAAAAGACUCGCCAACUGCAAUAACCAUGCACACUACCAUUACCACCAUCAGCAUCCGUCUAUGGCCAAUGAGGCAGGAGUGAAAAAGAAGAAAAUUAGCAAAAACGCCAAUGUAUUUCACAGUGGCGCUGUUGGACAGGCCAACUUGCUAACGAACAAGACGGGAGCCAACGACACCAGGAAGGAGAACGUAGUAAUUAGUGCUGCGGAACCUGAGAGAACACCCCUAUUUGCAUCACUCGCGCCGGAAGUACGUGAUGAGGCCUCUGCUGCUACAGCCACCACCAGAAGCAACCCGUCAUUGCGUAAAGCCAUAUUGUUGUGUCAUCAAGCGCCGUCAUCAAUGCCAAAAUACCAGGACUUGACGUUAGAUGAAAGGGCGGAAUAUAUAAAGACUGCGACGAGUCCUGCACCGCUACCGCCCAUUAACCUACAGUGCCUGAAAGAGAUAGACCUACAGGAGAUCGUCAAGAAUCCACAGCUGAGACAUGAUAUUGUUUUUGAUCCCCUUCUACAAUUUAGACCUAAUUUAGAUGGGGAGAGGGGAAUAAAGAAAAGACAAUUAGCGGACAAGUACUGGAAUGACGUGGAAAACGAAAUUUACGUUUACUCUCAAAAACCAAAGCUAUUCAAUUAUAAUACAACCCGGUUGGUGCCAUUGUUCAAUACCCUCAGAGAAGUUUUAUUGACAGUUGUCCCCCAGCGGGAAGCUCAUAUGAUUAACAAUGUCUUGGACACUGAAUUGAACGUUCAGGAGCUCCUGAAAGGAUCUCUGAUUAUGACAAGCCUAUCAGAAUGGCUGGCGCAAUUGUUCAAACACCACUGUGCUCCAAUGAGAGAUUCGUGGGUGGAUAAGAUGAGUGCUAAGUUCAGAGAAGCUGAAAACGAGUCAGCACUCCCCAAAUUGAUUGAUGGGCUCAGGUUGGUGUUCCAAAUCCUGGAAGCGAUGAAGCUCGAUAUCGCCAAUCACCAAAUAAGGAUACUAAGAACCGCAUUGCUGAGUAACUCUGUUGAGUUUGAAAAACAAUACUUUCAAUCCCUGAUGACGUCGAAUAAGAUCAAUCUGAAGUCUUCAUUGGCUUGGUUCAACAAGAAGUUCGAUGAAAGCGACAGUCAUGACUUAUUUCCGAAGGGUAAGCUGUCGCCUCAGGAUAUCUACAAACUGUGCGUCAGGAGCAUAAUAAGCCUGUUGUCAUGCCGCAAGAUGGUUCGCGAAUACCCUACAUCUUUGUCAUUCGAUCACGCAAGACUAAUAUUACUGAGGGCCGAUAUACGACAAAUCGUUUGUCUUCUGAUAUGUCGCCUAUUGUUCAAGCAGUUGGUUACAAACGACACUAGUAUCGAUAAAGAGACGAGAAAUUAUAUCACUAGCUCAUACACAACUAAACGGUUGAAGAAAGAGAUUGUCAGCAUCAUAACCGAUGAUCAUGGCAAUUGCAGGUGGACAAAAAACACUAUGUCAAUUGCUAUCCAUCUCUGCAAAGUGAUCAGCGACUUGAAGGGCGAAUACCUCAAGUCGAGAGAUCUUCAGGACGAAAGCGUUGCCGGUCUGACAACAACGCCCACAUUGGAUACAGCCAAAAUAGAUUUCGCCAAGUCAUGGCUGUCUCGCCAAACUCAACCAUUAAGCGAAGUGUAUGGUGUUUUAGAGAAUCGAGUCUUCAAGUCGCUGGAAGAGAGCAUUAUCAAGAGGUCCGGUUGCACAGUAGAUGGGAGGGUCAAACAAGAUUUUAUCUAUCUCUGCAGUAACGUCAGUGGCGAAGGUGCCGCGGAUUCAGUAAACUGCAUAACAGGGACUUCAACAGCAGGUGCUGAUGUCAUGACCCCACCUGGGGAAGGGAUAAAAAGCCUGGUAGGUCUGCAAGCGAAAAGCAUGAAAAACGCUCAAGGCCCUCCACCCGCAAUUAUAAGAUCGCAAACGCCCAAUUCCUCGUUGAUGUCCUCCGAUGAUGAUAACAGAGUGUUCCACGGAGUCGAGAUGGACGAGUUUGACAACGUGUAUCGCCAUCUGUACACAGUGAUCAAUUUUCACUGGUCUGUGUUCGGAUGUCAUUAUCUCGAAUGUGUCAGUGAUAAGAUGGUGAACAGGGCUUCUCUGGUUUAG